AGUCUCCAAUGCAAACCACACUGUUAGUCAGCUGGGGGGGUUGGGGGGGAGUCUUGGAGGCCAGGUGAUAUCUUACUUGUGGAGAUGACCUCUGAGACCCAGCUGGAGCCAAAUAAAGACAAAUUCAAGGUCCCAAAGGAAGUCCUGGUGAUUGAUGCAGAGCAGGAAGCGCCCUAUGGAGCCUGCAGGCCCUGGUGCCCAGUGUCCAUUGGGCUGGGGGUGGGGGGUAAUGCCAGAAGGGGCGGGGCUGCACGGAGACCCUAAAAGCGGGCACAGGCUCCGCCUCUGAUUGGAGUUCUGUGAGAGCCACUCGACCUCGCCCUGGAGCUGCAGCUCCCAGCAUGGUCGACCAGCCCGGUGCUGUGGUCCAGGAGGACCCAUGGAUGUCCGCGCAGGCCCUGGACAGGCUGCUGAAGAUGCCGCUUCCACUGCCACGGAUUCGCACCCGGCCCUGGUGGUUUCCUGCGCUGGAGCUGAGAGACCCAUUGGUGUUUUACCUGGAGGCAUGUCUGGCUGACCCCAUCUUCGGCAAAAACGGAGCCAUGAUUCCGGAAAUAGAGUGGAUGAACCAGGUCCUGCUGACGGUGGAAAAGGUGAACUCCGGGAGCUUAAUCGAAAUCACUGUUUUCGGACAGCCCCGUGUCCAAAAUAGGGUGAAAAGCGUGCUCCUCAGCCUGGCAGCAAGGCACCGGGAGAACCGUGCCCGAGAUAAGAAGAUAAAACAACUUGAGAAGUUCUUGAAGGCCCAUGGGUCACCUCCCCCGACUCCCCAGUCUGCCGGUUCUGGGUCUCCUGUUGCAUGAUAUUGGCAGGAGCAUUAUGAGAACCGACCUGCUCCUGCUCCUGCUCCUGAAGUUAAAAGAAGCAAGUGUCCUUAAAUCUCAGCUUCUUUCUUUCUUUUGCUGGAUGGAUGGGUGGUUUGGUUUUUCUGAUGCAGAUGUGAGUGCAGUUGUAAUAAAAUGAAUUUCCUUUUUGUCCACUGAAAUAAAAAUCUUUGCUCACUUAAA